AUAUAGUAAUACUUUGAUUUUAGCAUACAAUCAAAAUAUCAGCUCUUUUAUGGAUAGAUCUUCAUCUUCUAUGUAUUUAUAGAAUGACAACUUUAUCGGGCGGGGGAAUGUUGGAUUCACCCAACUCAUGAAACUGCACCAAAAUUACAACGAAGUAACAUCCUGAUUUAUUUGAAAAUAGAAUCUGCUUCUGAUUUUUCACCAUUUCAGCAAUAAUACUUCUAACCCGGUAAUCUAUUAUCACUGAAAUAUUUUGAAUAUGCUCGGUAGCUUUAUAAUUCAUCGAGUCCGUCAAAUAUUCGGUUCAGAACAAUAAGUCUAUCAUUUGUGAAUUAUAUAACUUGAUCAGUUCAAUUAAAUACUGAUUUCCUAAAUUCCUGCAUGUAUAGACAUCAUAAGAGGAGAUUUAAAUCCACGCUAUUUCAAAAUUCUUUUUCUACGUAUUUACUUCCGACCAAUCGAAAAGGCUGGCGGAAAUAUAAAAAUGAGCAGUUAUUAAACGCUGGUGCGAUAGAAAGAGAAGACCGGUAGACGCGUGGUUCUGUCAUUACACGCAGUUCUGUUCGUUCGGUGAAACCGCAUAUAAUGACUAUGGGCCAUAUGAAAAAGUUUGGUUCUUUUGGAGCCACAUUAUGUUUGUUGAUACUAGCAGUGUCCGCAACUGUCACCCAGAGACUACUGAACGUACCCCUGUAUGAGACAGCGGGUCGGCUCUGGACGUGCAAAUGGAAUUUCCCUCUACUGUAUCUCCUAACAGACUACAGGGUUAUUAUAACCUGUACUGUUAUCACAGUUUUGUUUUACCCACUGUACAAAUUAUAUGGUGUCUUAUUUCUACCUAUGGAUCGAGUUCGGAACCUGGGAGAUAUCGGAUAUAUCCCGGAAGGCCGCAUGUCCAUGAAGGAAAUGGCCAAUAGAGUUCGGAGACAGAGAGCGACCGGGGAUUUACCUCCAAUAUACCCCAACGGCUGGUUUGGGUUAAUUGAAGGCUCAAAAAUCAAAGCCGGAGAUGUCAAAAAUAUCUCUCUUUUAGGUUUAAAUCUGGCCGUUUUUCGGGGAGAAGAUGGAACUAUACAUGUCAUUGAUGCCUACUGCCCACAUAUGGGCGCAAAUCUUGCCGUUGGUGGGCGCGUUGUGGGCGACUGUUUAGAAUGCCCUUUCCACGGCUGGCAGUUCAGAGGGAGCGACGGACAAUGCACGAAAAUUCCAUACUCUGAGAAAGUUCCAGAUAUUGCCAAAGUAAAAAGUUACAUAUCUGAUGAGGCUAACGGUUACAUAUACUUUUGGUAUCACGCCGAGGACUCCGCUCCUACGUGGACAGUACCAAGGAUAGAGGAAAUUCAGAGCGGGGACUGGGUGUACCGAGGAAGAACGGAGCACUAUAUCAACUGCCAUAUAGAGGAAGUACCAGAAAAUGGGGCGGAUCUACAACAUCUGGAGUGUGUCCAUGCCCCACUGAUUACGUCAGGAAUUGACUUACGUAAUAUGUGGAGUGCAUUGUGGUCAUUUGGAAGCCACUCGUGGACGGCAAAUUGGGAAACGAAUCCGCCUCCAAACGAACACAUAGGGACCCUUCGUCUAACUCAUUCCAUGAACCUGUUCGGAAAGGCAUUCCGACCUGUAGACAUGGACGUGACAGCGCAACAGAUUGGGCCUGGAAUUGUCUACUUGACUUUUCAUUCACCCAUCGGGAGCGGAACCUUUGUACAACACCUCGUUCCCACCGAACCUCUUGUCCAGAAACUGGUUCACAAUCUCUACUUUCAAAAGAAUCUUCCAGCUUUUAUAGGCAAAUUUUUCUUACUAGGCGAAGCGAUACAGCUCGAAAGGGAUAUAAUGAUUUGGAACAACAAACGAUACGAGAAGAAACCCUUGUUUGUCAAAUCCAAAGAAGAUUCUCAGGUAGCCAAACACAGAAGGUGGUUUUCUCAAUUUUACUCUGAGAAUAGUCCCAGAUUAAAGUUCCAAAGAGAUACCUUGGAAUGGUGACUGACGUCUCGUCUGAUUCAAAGUCAGCGUAAAACAUAUACUGCUAGUUAUCUUCCGAGAAAAACUUGUACGUGUAAAUCAAAAUGGCAUUCAUAGACUUCAAGCGACAAUCAUCGAAACUCAACCAGCAAUAAUGCACCAUGUUAUAUUUUCACCAUCAUUUAUUUGCUGUACAUUACCCUAACUGUGAUAGAAAUAAGCUUCACUGAUGCUCUUUGUUAUUUGAUCUCGGUGAUUGAGAGUUUUAAUGCAUAUUUGACUUCGUUUCAAAUAUUUUUUUCUAAACAUGUGGAGAACAUUAAUCACUGAAUAUGAACAGAACAGACACUGACUGAUCCGGUAUAACGUUGUUUCAUUAUUGCAUCAACUGACAAGUAUAAUGGAGGAAUAUGAACAAAAAUUUUAAUACUUGUAUGAUCAUGCGAUGAAAUAUUGACUGUAUUGUAAUCCGUCAAUUCUAAUGUACAUGUAUAUACGAUUUUACUAUUUCUUAUUUGACACUUAGACUUUAUACUGUACAUUUAUUUAUUGUUUAGUUUAAUUAUAUACGAUAUUUUUCUCAGGGCCGUUGAAUUUAGUAUCUAUCACUAUUUUAGUAGUAAAUUGGUUCAUGUACGGUCUCCUUUAAUAAAUUGAAUAUAUUUUUGUUACAUAA